UCUCUCAUUGGAGGGACCCUUUGAAUUGGCUGUCUUUCGGAAAUGAUCAUACGUAGUCUCGAUGCAGUAGAAUCUGUAUUCGUUGUAAUAAUCAAAAUCAAGCUGCGAAAACAGAAAUUCUAUUAUAUUAUUUCCUUUUAAGUAUCUCUCUUAAAAUUUUCUAUGUUCUCUGGUUGUUUGUGUUGAAACUUUGUGCCCAGAAACAGAAUACUUUGUUAGGAGUUUUACUUGGUCAUAUUUGGAUUUUUGAUUUCUCCUCUUCUUUAAGAAUCUUUAUGGUCAAGGGUUUUCGGUGGGAAAAAAAGCAGAAUAUUUUGAAUGGUGGUUAUUAUAUAUGUUUGAAGACUAGUCAUGAAAUUGAUUGUUUUUGAGGGUAUUCCUUGAAGAAUCCUCAAGUGGGUAUCUCUGAAAUUUGUAAAAAUUGAUAUUUAUGUGCCUGGAUUUAAUUUUUAGUUUUUAUGCUUAUAUGGGUGGGUUUCUUGGAAAUAUCGGUUUUGAUGUUUAGAAUAGUCCUCAAAUGCGUAUGAUUGAUUUUAAACAGAGGAAGUUUUAACUGUUGUGAUGUUAGGGGAAGAGAAUAAAGAUGGACCUGGCGGAGGAAGUUGGAAAACGUACUUACGGUCGGUUUCGUGGAGUGACCGAUCACCUGGAAAGACAAAUCCUAGGCCACGAUGGAACAGCAAGGCUCGGGCUUGUUUGCCUCCCCUUCAGCCUCUUUCGGUUACUAGGCCUAGCGGGGAGGAAUGGCCGAGGGCUGGCUCGGAUGAUAUUGGCAUAUGGGCGAAUCCCCCUACUACUCCUGGUGCACGGCUUGGAUCAACGACUCACCGCGGAAAUUCAAAUUCAGAAAACCCUCCUAGAGAAUUUGAAUUCAAGAAAGAUAAGCUCGCGUUCUUUGAUAAGGAAUGCUCGAGAAUUUUGGAUCAUGUAUAUUUAGGAAGUGACGCUGUUGCAAAGAAUCGUGAAAUUUUACGGAAGAAUGGAAUAACCCAUGUGUUGAACUGUGUCGGGUUUGUUUGCCCGGAAUAUUUCAAGAAUGAGCUCGUGUACAAGACACUUUGGCUGCAGGACAGCCCGUCUGAGGAUAUCACGAGCAUUUUCUAUGAUGUUUUUGAUUAUUUUGAAGAUGUUAGAGAACAAGGUGGGCGAGUCCUUGUUCACUGUUGCCAAGGGGUAUCUCGAUCAACCUCGUUGGUUAUUGCUUAUCUUAUGUGGAAAGAGGGACAAAGCUUCGAGGACGCGUUCCAGCUUGUUAAAGCAGCAAGAGGAGUGACUAACCCGAAUUUGGGAUUUGCCUGUCAACUUCUGCAGUGCCAGAAGCGGGUACACGCCCUGCCGGCAAGCCCAUCUUCUGUGCUUCGUAUGUAUCGAAUGGCACCUCACUCUCCGUAUGAUCCACUUCAUCUGGUUCCCAAACUGUUGAGCGAGCCGGGCUCAGAAAAACUCGAUUCUCGUGGAGCUUUCAUUGUUCACGUACCUUCAGCGAUAUUCGUCUGGAUGGGGAAGCAUUGCUUCAAAGUAAUAUCAGACAAAGCCAGAUCAGCUGCCUCUCAAGUCAUCCAUUACGAAAGAGCCAAAGGUCCGGUUAUAACCGUCAAUGAAGGUGAAGAAACAUCUGAAUUCUGGGUUGCUCUUGGCUUGCAGAAUCGUUUAGCAGAUGUUUGUGGUAUAGAGAUAACAGAGGAGGACAGGAUUGGCCAUUCGAUCCGUCCGGGGCAAAGGAAAGUUGAUGAGUAUGAUCAAGAUUUCAGAAUUUUUUUCAAAGCACUAUCCGGUGGGAUCAUUCCACCUUUUCCAUUAUCAGGAAGUGGUUCCGAGACAAGUAUACCUGCUAGAGAAAAUGGUUGGAGCAGAUUGAGAAGAAAGUUGACCAGUGGAAUUAUGGAAGAAUAUAUCACGUCUUCGAAAUUGAACUGUAAUUUGACUCAAGCAAGUGAUAAACGGGAUGUGAUAGAUACACGUAAAGUUCCAUUGCCUUCGAGUCCUCAGUGCGAUUCACCUGAUUCGCUUGCUACAUACGAAACUGGCAGCCCUGUUGCGAUAAUGGAGAAAGUGGAAUACUCCGUUCCUCUUACUGAUACUGUAACAUCACCAUCUCCUUCACUCAAUUCAUUGGAUUCUUUUAGUUCUUAUCUUGUGAGCAAACCGAAAUCCAGUUCAACAUCCCCAUUGCUAUCACCUUCAACCUCCGAUUAUUCAAGUUCAUUUACCUUUUCACCCUCAUCGUCUAACUGGUCAGACUUGCCAUAUUUAUCGGCUCAGCCUUCACCUUCUGGUCUUGAGUCUAAAGAUCCUGUUAAGAGCGGUACCUCAGAGGAAAGUGCGCUUUUACCUCUUCAUGUUUCUUCCCCUCCGCCAGAAGCAGCAUUUUCCGGUAGUCGUGCUUUCAGAACGGCAAAUUUGUCAUUUAGAAGGUCACCCUCCCUUGCAGAGCGCAGAGGAAGCAGUCCUCCUCCUUGGAUGAUGUUACCUCAAGUGGACGAGGCAUCUAAUGCUUCAACCAAUUCGACAAAUUUGUCUUCUCAUGCAGAAGAUGAAAUUAUACAGGAUGUUGAAUACAACUUAGAACAUGAUGGAUCUUCGGAGACAAAUAGAGAAGAGCCAAUGUAUGAUGCUUGCAGCUAUACUGCUGACAAUAAUCCAUUUGAGUUUUGACGACUACAGUGCUGAUGUUUUAUACGUCCGUUUAGGGCACGAUGUGCAGUGGAAGCGAACAAUCCAUCAGUUGAUUGGUAAUGAUAGCACAUGUGAAGACAGUCGUACCUAUUCUGAGACGGUUGGUCAUGUUUUUCUCAUGGAGAAGAGCUUAAGUGCUAUCACUUUCAUUCAGAUAGUUAAUGAAGAAUCAUUGCAGUUCCUCGAGCAUUUUGCCUUUGGAAGGAAUUGCAGACAUAGUUAAAGAAAGCGAGGAACCGGUUCAGUUCCUCCCCCACCUUUUUCUCGUUUAAUAUAGACUUGACAAUACUGUGUAGUAGACAUGCUGGUACUAGACAUGCGCUAAGGACAUUAUAGGGAAUAAGUUAUAGGAAUUAUGAGAACAAAAGAUUCUGCUUAUUCUUGGUUCAUUAAAUGUUAUGUACAUUCAGAUUCAGCACCUAAGUUGUAGUUUUUUAAAGUACAAUUAUAGAGCACUAUUUUACUAGCAUUUUGUCU